AUGGAGGAAAUCGGAAUAGUGGUCAAUAAGAAUGCUACUAAUCAAGAUGAAAAACAAGUAACUCAAAAGGAUAAACUCUUAUCCUUGCUAACUCCAUCCGGUGAUAGCAUCUCAAUAGAUGAUCUCUACUCGUUAUACAAAAAGCUGCAACGUCAAUUAGAAUUUCUGCAAGUACAAGAGGAGUAUAUUAAAUAUGAACAAAAAAAUUUAAAACGUGAAUAUUUACAUGCUCAAGAGGAAGUGAAAAGAAUACGUUCAGUACCCCUUGUCAUCGGUCAAUUUCUAGAAGCUGUUGACCAAGUCCAUGGCAUCGCUCCAAUUAUUUUCCUGGAUGCUCUGUUGCAUUGCAUAAGCAUUCAAAUGCUUUAUAGUAUCGCGUUAUUAUCUGCUGAGGAAAAGCCAAACAUACUGUAUUCCGAUAUCGGCGGCAUGGAUAUACAAAAACAAGAAAUGAAAGAAGCCGUCGAACUGCCCUUAACACACUUUGACUUAUAUCAACAAAUAGGUAUAGAUCCACCCCGUGGUGUUUUAAUGUAUGGCCCGCCAGGUUGCGGUAAAACUAUGCUUGCCAAAGCUGUAGCCCAUCAUACUACCGCUUCUUUUAUAAGAGUUGUGGGAUCAGAAUUUGUACAAAAAUAUUUAGGUGAAGGGCCUCGAAUGGUCCGAGAUGUUUUCAGGCUUGCUAAAGAAAAUGCUCCAGCUAUUGUUUUUAUUGAUGAAAUCGAUGCCAUAGCUACCAAACGUUUCGAUGCACAAACUGGAGCUGAUAGAGAAGUUCAACGCAUCUUGCUGGAAUUGCUUAACCAAAUGGAUGGUUUUGACCAAAACAUUAAUAUCAAGGUCAUCAUGGCCACUAACAGGGCCGAUACGCUGGACCCUGCUUUACUUCGUCCAGGACGUCUUGACAGAAAGAUCGAAUUCCCCAUGCCGGAUAGACGACAAAAACGUUUAAUAUUUCAAACUAUAACUAACAAAAUGAACUUAUCGGAUGAAAUUGACUUAGAAGAUUAUGUAGCAAGACCUGACAAGAUUAGUGGUGCCGAUAUAAAUUCAAUCUGCCAAGAGUCUGCUAUGCAAGCAAUUCGGGAAAAUCGUUACGUUAUCCUUGCUAAAGACUUUGAAAAAGGAUAUAGGACAACAGUUACGAAGGACGAAAUGGAGCACGAGUUUUACAAAUAG